UCAUCAGUUUCAGCAAAUUCUGCCGGAGCUGUUACUGAGGAUGAUUUUCGAAAAGCCUUUACGCAGGUCCCAAAGUGUGACAUAUACUCUGCCAAGGAGCUGCAAUCACAGCUGGAGUCGAUUCGUCAAGUUCUUGAAAAUUCUCAACUGGACUGGUCUCAGCGCGUUAAUUCAUUGAAGCUACUUCGUUCAAUUUUAAUAAAUGGUGGAACGGAUUUUGAAAAUGAGCUUUUGUCUGGUAUUCACUCAUUGGAAGAUGCUCUUAUAACUUCAGUGAAAGAUCUGCGAUCGCAAGUGUGCCGUGAAGCGUGCAUAACUGGCUGCUCAGAGCUUCUGCUCAAACCCGGGCUGUACACUCUGCGUUCUUCUGGAAACGUAGCCUACCAAUUUUCGGGUGUAUGCGCUUUCACCUGUUGGAAAAUUGCAGCAGUUCUGCUCAAAGGAGAGAUUGAGUAG